CCGACGUCAGACCAAGACUCCUCGAGAGGGGCUUCCGUGAUUACCAGUGCAGUUCGGGGCUAGACUGCGAACCGCCGAACUCUACCCCACUAUAUAGACGGCAGCUAGGGCGUCGCCGAGACUGCACCGUACUUGACCCCCUUCUCAAAAAUCUCCUUACUUGCGAGACUUACUGAACAGCACCACAUAUCCUGGCCUCGAAAAAGUAAACCUCGAAAUGUUUUGGUUAUCAGUCGUGAGGUUUUUUGUCUUCAUAUUCACCAUCAUCUGCGCAAUCUGCGCCCUUGGUCUUUCUGCGCGGAUUGUAGAUGUGUCCAAUAAACGCUUGGGUGGAUAUCCCAAUUUCGCUGCGUUGGGCAUUGCGACAGCUUGCCUAACUCUAUUGACCCUGCCCGUGAUGUUGAUACUCGACAUGGCGGCGUUCGGUUUCUUCACAUCGACGAUCAGUUUCGAGAUCGUAUGGCUCACCAUCUUGUGGAUACUAUGGGUUGCCACGGCUGGCAGUGCCUCCCACCACAAGAACUCUUUCUUUGGCACCUGUCGGUUCUGGAGUGGUUCCGCCUACGCUGUUUGCAGAGAAACUCAGGCUGUGGAAGGAUUUGCCUAUGCAAUAUGGAUUGUCCUGUUCUGCUAUACUCUCAUAUUGAUUGGUGUGGCCUUCUGGCGCUCCCGACACGGCCGCGGUGGCUGGUCGUCAUCUGUGAAGGAGACCAGUGACGACCAACCGGCUACCGUGAACCAGUAUCCCAUGACGUCCCAACCCGGGAUGACGCGACCUCUGUCUCAUGUAUAGGCGCAGUGACGUGACCCAGGAUUCCAUGUCAGCGGGGGCCGCUCCGUGUUAUGCUUCUGAUGAAAUGUAACGAUGUUUGCUGUAGCUAUUACCAUACUA